GGGCUGCUCACUGUAUUUGAUAAUGUGCAAUGCUAAAGGAGAAAUUUGCUCAUUUUCAAAUACAAAGUAACAUGCCAAGAUAAAGAUAUCAGCACUGAACAAAGCAGAAGCAUAUGCCACUCAAUAUAAGCAAGAUGACACCAUUUUCUCAGAACAUGGUUUCUGUCUCUCUCUGGAUAACAGUCAUAAUGCUUUUUGGCUCUAUCUGUGAGGGUGGCAAAAUCUUGGUGGUGCCUGUGGAGGGAAGUCACUGGGUGAACAUGGACAUCCUCAUCAAGGCUUUACAUGGUCAAGGGCACAACAUUGAUGUAAUACGCACCUAUAAUAGCUGGUUCGUAAAGGAGAAUUCAACUUAUUACAACUCUAUAACCAUACCUAACACCACAGGAAUGGAUGAAGAAUUUGUAGAUGAAAUGCUCUUCAAAAUGAUCGACCAUGAAAGAGGAAAGAACCAGAUGAGUGCCAUACAGUUGUAUUUGCAAGUAUUCAAAGCUAUUCAUAAAACUCAUGAAAUGAUAUGUCAGCUUAUAACAAACAUAUUUGAAAGUGAGGACAUUCUGAAGACACUCAAGGAAAAACAGUACGAUCUGAUGCUUACUGAUCCGGCAUGGGGUGCAGGCAUUCUCCUGGCCCAUGAACUAAAGUUACCCGUAGUAUAUAAUGUGAGAUGGACCACUACUGGAGAGGGACACUUUGACAUCGCUCCCUCACCGAUGUCUUACAUCCCUAUCACAGCAUCUGGAAACACUGACAAAAUGAACUUUUUCCAACGAUUAAAAAAUGCUUUCUUCUAUUUGCUAAUGGACAUUCAGAACAGCCGUUUUAAUUUGCCACUUUACCAAUCACUUUGUGAUAAAUAUUUCCAGCCACGUGUGCAUUUUUAUGAACUUCUCCAGAGGGCUGAUAUAUGGCUUAUGAGGGUUGAUUUUGUUUUUGAAUUUCCACGUCCAACAAUGCCAAAUGUCAUCUACAUUGGUGGCUUCCAGUGUAAACCAGCAAAGGCCCUUCCACAAGAUCUGGAGGACUUCAUGCAAAGUUCUGGAGAGCAUGGAGUCAUUAUCAUGUCUUUAGGGACGUUUAUCAGUGAUCUACCAGAUGAUUUUACAGCAGAAAUAGCUGCUGCUUUUGCUCAGCUCCCUCAAAAGGUGAUUUGGAGAUACACUGGAAAAAGACCAUCUACUUUGGGGAACAACACAUUACUGGUUGACUGGAUGCCACAGAACGAUCUUCUAGGGCAUCCAAAGACUAAAGUUUUUAUUGCACAUGGUGGAACCAAUGGGGUUCAAGAAGCUUUGUACCACGGUAUUCCAGUGGUUGGAAUUCCAUUCUUUUUUGACCAGUACGACAAUCUUCUUCGAUUACAAGAAAGGGGAGGAGCCAAGAUACUCUCCAUCGCAACUUUAGAUAAAAACACUCUGCAUGCAGCCCUACAGGAAGUAAUCAAUGAACCAUCUUACAGACUAAGUAUGCAGAGGCUCUCUCUUCUGCACAGAGACAAACCAAUUAAACCUUUGGACAGCGCCCUCUUCUGGAUUGAGUUUGUAAUGAGACACAAAGGUGCUGCUCACCUCCGUACAGAGUCCUACAAACUGCCUUGGUACUCCUAUUACUCAGUAGAUGUUGCACUUAUAUUGUUUGCAGUUGUUUUGAUGUUCACUCUAUCUAUAUUUUUAACAGUUAGAUAUCUGUGUGUCAAGUGCUGCUGUAGAAAAAAGAAAACUGAGUGACACAUUUACAUUUGAAGUAGAUCACCUACAACUGAUGUAAAAUUAUUCGACUCUUUUGACUGUUUAAUGAGCGAUAAAAAGGAAAUAUUAAAAUUAUAUACAGAAAAUAUAAAAAUAUAUAUUUAAAUGCUCGUUUUUCAUUGAAACAUCAGUUAAACUGCAUUUAUCACAUUACCUUUAAUAGAAUAAUAAAUACUGAAUUAUU